ACUCUCCUCUCUCUUUCCGUCGCUCCCUCCCUCCUCUACCUCGUGUCCAAAUUUGGGUUUUGGAUCUCCCCUUCCCUCUCUGUUUCGUCGUUCUUACCCUCCUUACGAUCGGCGUGGGAUGGCAGAGGGGAAGCCGAAGGGCCAGUCUGGAGUGUGGGGCACCGUCAAGCCCUUCGUCAAUGGCGGCGCCUCCGGGAUGCUCGCCACCUGCGUCAUCCAGCCGAUCGACAUGGUCAAGGUGAGGAUCCAACUGGGCCAGGGAUCAGCAGUACAGAUUACGAAGAAUAUGCUCGCAAAUGAGGGUUUCGGCUCGUUUUACAAGGGUCUAUCAGCUGGUUUACUGAGGCAAGCUACUUAUACAACUGCACGACUUGGUUCCUUUAGGGUGUUGACCAACAAAGCUGUUGAGGCUAAUGACGGGAAGCCCCUACCUUUACUUCAGAAAGCUGCUAUUGGUCUGACAGCUGGGGCAAUUGGAGCAUGUGUUGGCAGUCCAGCUGAUCUGGCACUCAUUCGGAUGCAAGCUGAUGCAACUUUACCUGUAGCUCAGCGGCGAAACUACAAAAAUGCUUUUCAUGCACUUUAUCGCAUUGUUGCAGAUGAGGGGGUUCUGGCACUAUGGAAAGGUGCAGGUCCUACUGUGGUGAGGGCAAUGUCACUAAACAUGGGCAUGCUUGCAUCAUAUGAUCAGAGUGUUGAGCUUUUCAGGGAUUCACUCGGUUUUGGCGAAGUUAGCACUGUACUUGGGGCAAGUGCUGUUUCAGGGUUGUGUGCAUCUGCUUGCAGUUUACCAUUUGACUAUGUAAAAACACAAAUACAAAAGAUGCAGCCAGAUGCUAAUGGGAAGUAUCCUUACACUGGAUCUUUGGACUGUGCCAUGAAGACCUUGAAGAACGGUGGUCCUUUCAAAUUUUACACUGGGUUUCCCAUCUACUGUGUGAGGAUUGCCCCACAUGUCAUGAUGACAUGGAUAUUCUUGAAUCAAAUUCAGAAAAUUCAAAAGUCUGUGGGAUUGUAGAGUCCCAAUAUUACCAGAUACCGGCAUCAGUUUAUUUGAAACAGCUUAUAAUAAGGUUCCGGCUUUUGACUUGCAGCCGACUAGUCUUUAUAUGAUGACAGCAUUGUAUUCAUCCAUUCAUAUUUAGAAAGAUGUUAUAGCCUGCUUUGCUGUAUUUUGAGAUACACUCCUAUUCAAAUUUUUGGAGAGAAGGUGCAGUCGAGUCAUUGGUGGCAUAGGCAUUCUUGCCUAGAAAGGUUUUGUUUUCUAAACAAUCUGAAAUAAUGGCCAUUUUUUUUCCCGAGAUCGUUAUAAUUCUA